AUGAUACGCACUCCGGGCGUGCAAUUGCCUUUACGGCUUCGAUCGAGUUUUCUGAGCUCCAGAUUGUUAUCUGCGAGGCCAUGGCAGCAACAGGUCCCAGUGGGCAGGCGGUUUCAUCACCCUGCAUGCCUCCGUGAGCAAGAUGCUCCCGCCGAGCUCCCCAGCUUCCUGGAGGCAUACAAGAAAGCCGUGGAAUUCCCUCCUGCCACCCAUGACUUCGAAACCUUCCUCUCACAGGCCGAGCCCAACACCGAAGUCGUUUUACAUGGCUACCUCGGCCAGCGCGCAGAUCUCUCGAAGAAGCUGUCCUUCGUGCGUCUCACCGAUCCGACCAUGAAGCACAGCCUGCAAGUAGUCGGCUUCGCCAAGAAUGACGCAUUUGAAAAGCUCAAGUCUAUCAAUGCCAACAGCCCCGUCGCUGUGCGAGGAACAGUUCAACAAAAGAAAAAGAAGGCCUCUGAGGGUGAGAGUAAACCAGAGGACGCCUGGGAGUUGGCAUUGGAGGAUAUUCAUUUGCUCAAUGACUUUCCCAAGGAUAUCAUCAUGACGCCGGAGACGGUAUUUGCGCCGGAGCAGCGAUACCUCCAACUUCGGUCCGAUGCCGAGCUCCGUGAAGCGCUGCGGUUCCGCGCGGCGGUUCGGAAUGCCUGCAAGAAGGAGCUGGAAGAGAAGAAUCAGCCGGCAUUUGUUGAGAUUGAGACUCCUCUGCUGUUCAAGUCGACGCCUGAGGGUGCGCGUGAAUUCUUGGUGCCGACUCGUCGGCCGGGGCUGGCGUAUGCUUUGCCCCAGAGCCCGCAGCAGUACAAGCAGAUCCUCAUGGCCAGUGGCUUGCCCCGUUAUUAUCAAUUUGCGCGUUGCUUCCGGGACGAAGAUCUUCGUGCGGACAGGCAGCCGGAGUUUACCCAGCUGGACCUGGAAAUGUCCUUUGCUACUGGCGACGAUGUGAUGCGCACCGUAGAGGGAGUCAUCCGUCGACUGUGGUCUACUUUGAUGAAAGACCCGGCGCCCGAAGGCCCCUUCCGUCGUGUCCCAUACCAGGAAGUUAUGGCGAAGUACGGCUCUGACAAGCCUGACACGAGAUACGGCAUGGAAAUCAUGCGGCUGGACCAUCUACUGCCCGUUGAUCUGGUUAUGAAGAUUUCACCGCUCACGGAUCCUAUUGUUGAGGCUUUCAAACUUGAGAACGCCAAUAAUGACCCGGCAGAGACGCUCAAGUUCAUUACAGAGUUCCUCGAUUCGCCUGCUGGUGCUCCAUUCAAUAGUAACCCCGAUGGCGGCCCUGGUGUCUUCGUGUUUAACGGGAAGCAGCCACUUUCUGGUCUGCAGCCCUUUGGUUUCGAGGCUGCCGAGCAGGUUGAAGAGCUUCUCGACCCGGAUCACGGCGACCUGAUUAUCCUUCAAGCUCGCCCUCAUGCCCCUUUUGCAGGAGGGUCGACCCCAAUUGGUGAUCUCCGUCGGGCCUUACACUCCCAUGCCGUCUCCACUGGCUUCAAGGACGCGCCAUCUGGCUUCGAUUUCAUGUGGGUUGUCGACUUCCCACUCUUCUCCCCAUCCUCCGAGUCGGAACCCGGCCAGGGCGGCGCUGCAGGCAUCUCCUCCACCCACCACCCGUUCACAGCACCCAAGACCGCUGCCGACGUCGAACUGCUCCUCACCGACCCUACCAAAGCUGUGGCGGAUCACUACGAUCUCGUCGUGAACGGCGUCGAGCUCGGUGGCGGUAGUCGCCGUAUCCAUGACGCUGCGGUGCAGGAGUUUAUCUUCCGCAACAUCCUCAAAAUGCCAGCUGAACGCCUCGCAGACUUUUCACAUCUCCUCGAUGCUCUUCGCGCAGGCUGUCCACCACAUGCAGGUCUAGCACUAGGCUUUGAUCGACUAGUUGCCGUCAUGCUGGGCAAGGAGUCUGUGCGGGAUGUCAUUGCUUUCCCGAAGACUGGCAAGGGUGGUGAUGAUGCUAUGGUGCGUGCGCCAAGUCCUAUGACCGAAGCAUCGUUAGAAACGUAUCAUUUGCAGCUGAGGAAGGGAGAGUAG